AUGCUACUCACCGGAAAAGCAAGUCCCAAAUACUCCCUGCUUCCAGACUCCGACUCCCCUACGGCAACUACCAACGAGAAACCCCUGCGUUCAAGACUGUUGAGGUCAUCUUACGCUGUAAUUGCCGUUUUACUCAUAUCUGCAGUGGUAUAUGUAGUACUACUUACUCAAAGACCGAGUACAUGCACACAACCACGUCUACGACAAGAAUGGCGAACUCUUACUCAAGAUGAAAAACAGUUCUAUCUAGCAGCUGCUCAUUGCUUAACCACAGUCCCAUCGCCAUCGCUUCCCAAUGCCACAAUCCAUGAUCAGUUCUCACUGCUUCAUAGUCGGGUCGGGAAUUACUCCCACAACGCCGCCUCGUUUCUUCCCUGGCAUCGGUUCUUCGUUCACGCUUACGAGGGAGCACUGCAUGAAUACUGCGGGUACGAUGGGAUUAUACCAUACUGGGACUGGAGCCUCGACUACGAGAACCUCCUCAAAUCGCCUAUAUGGGAUACCGAUAAUGGCUUCGGGCCAGAUGGGGACAAGGACACAUCAAGCGACAUGAGCAGGGGCAUAAACGGCCACUGUGUCAUCGACGGUCCGUUCGCAGGACUUACACCUGUCUACUACGAAGGGGCGUACAAGCCUCACUGCCUCUCGCGUGGAUUCCUCGAUGAAAAGACAGUGAAGAGGGUAGGAAAUCUAACGAUGAGACCCAGUGUGCUGCAGGAACUUGUUCAGAGCGAGUCCUCAUACUUUGACUUCCUGCUUCGCAUGGAGACGAUGUCGCAUUUGACGAUUCCGUAUGUUGUCCAGGGGGAUUUUAGGACUGUCACAGCGCCGAAUGAUCCAGUUUUCUACCUUCAUCACGGCCAAGUUGAUCGUCUUUGGUGGAGUUGGCAGCAGAUGUCGUCUGAAAGAAAGAUUGAAUAUAAUGGACCUGCUCGGAACGAUGAGUCUGUUGAGGCAGAUGUGGAUGAUGAGCUGGAUUUCGGUGAUAUGCUUCCGGGUUUGACUAGAGCUACUGUUGGCGAUGUGAUGGAUACGGAGAGUGGUGUUUUAUGUUAUCAGUAUGAUAGAAGUGUUUUUGAGUAG